AUGUACACGAUUGUUGAAACGGCGAAAGGCAAACAAUGCUCGUUAUUCGAUGAAUAUCGCUAUGUUUGCGAUCGUAUUCGUAACACCAGGACAUAUUGGCGAUGUGAACAAUAUAUUAAUUGUUCGGGACGUGCUAAACAAAAUAUUGAAGAGCCACCUGUUUUAACAUCACCAUACAAUCAUGAUCCUCCAAAAGAAGCAAAUGAUAUAGCACAGUUCAAAAAAGAUUUGAAACAUCGUAUUCGUGAAGAACAAACACCGUUAACACAAUUAUAUCGGUCGGAAUUAAUCAAACGAUACAUAAGUAAUCCAGAGAAUGUGGCUACAUUACUACUAUUUCAUCAAUUAAAAAUUAUUCUAUAUCGAACAAAGAAUGAACACUACCCACCACUGCCUAGGUCGAUCAAUGAAGUAUAUGUUGAAGGUAAAUGGCGCAUGUCACUGGAUAACGAGGAUUUUAUUAUUAUUGAUCAUCACAAUCCUAGAUAUUUGGCUUUUGGUACAUUACAUUCAUUAAAAGUACUAUGUGAAUCUAGUCAUAUCUUCUUAGACGGCACUUUUAAGUCAUGUCCGCCACCAUUUGCACAACUAUACUCUAUUCAUUGUUAUUCAUCGAUCUUAAAUGGUACUACUCCAGUCUCAUAG